UGAUGCCAUUGCCUUGUGCAUGAUUAUAGACAUUUUGGGAGUCGGCAAUCAUUGGGGAAUUCUUUCAUUUAUAUUGUUGUUUAUGCUGAUUAAUUAUCAACCCGUUUGAAGCUAGAUAAGAAAUUGUAAACACCCAAACGGAUCAGAUAAGGCGUAAGAAAACGUUGACUAACAAUCAGAAUUUCAUUAGCAUAAGGAAACGAAUUGUAACCCUUAUGUUAUCAAGUUUCCAUCGGAAAUGAGCUGAUAAAUUCAAAGCCCGUCUAGUACCAUAAAAGUAGAGCCGACAUCAAAGCUGCGAGGCAUUCCAUUCAAUUCUCCAGGCAUACAAAUAAAAAUACACAGAUCACAGAUGAAGAGCAAACUGCAACAACUGAUCAUAGUUCUAUUGCUGCAUUUGGUAACAAUUAAAGCCACUUCUCGAAGCGACCUCUUGGCCAUCGAAUCGCUCUGCCGCAAUGCCCUGGUGUGGACUCUAUUCCCCAAUGAGCAACAUUGUGACAGAUUCUAUGUGUGCACGGGUAGAAAAGAUCACAACAGAAGCUAUCAGGAAUUAAGAUGUGAAACGAAUUACCACUUUAGCAGCUAUGAGCAACGCUGCAUAAGAGGCGCAUGUUCCCAACCUGUCACCACAACCUGCAAUGCAACCGGCGACAACAACGUGCAACGUCUGCUGGGCGAUUGUACGCGCUUUGAGCGUUGCUCCGUUCGCGGUAAGCUCGACCUUAUCAGCUGCUCGUACGGUCACUACUUUGAUGCGGAGCGACAUGCCUGCCUGCCGGUGGCCAUAACGCCAUCUCAUCAGUGCAGCUGCAUACUGCCGGAGCACUCUACGCUGGCCAAUCUGGAGGACUGCCGCAGCUACUAUCGUUGCACGGAGGGCCAGGCAGAGCUGCAGCAGUGUCCGCAGGAUUAUUAUUAUGAGGUUAGCGUGAAUAGCUGCCUGCUGGAUACGAGGGGUGUAUGCAAGCCCGAAGUGCCUGCGCCUCUGUUAGGCGAGACGUUGCAGGAGUGUGACAGAGAAGGUAGCCGAUUGGUGCCGCACACUCACGACUGUAGUCGGUAUUUUGUGUGCAUCGGCAGCCGGGCCAUCGAAUUGAGUUGCCCCAAAGGCCAGUAUUUCGAUGUGGUAUCGCGCUAUUGUACUAUUGAUGAAAAUUUUCAGUGCGUCAAGCAAAGCACAGGCACACAACCUAUGACAACUGCGUCACCUGCCACGACACAGGAAGUCAACAGCAGCCAGCAGGCGCAGAAGUUGAACACGCCAAGCAACAAGCCAGCAUAUGAUGUGAUCGGCAACAAGUUGUCAUCAAAAUUUUUGUUAUUUUAAAGAGUUCGUGGCGUUUCAACUAGAUAUCUUACUUGGACUGAAAUGCCCGAAAACCAAUCAAGCCGAACACCGAACUGAACUGUAUUCUUUUUCCAAAAAUUUUUUGGUCAAGAAUAAAACACUUUUGAAGAAGGUCUCAGCCCCAAAGCAUAAAUAUCUUGGUUGAUGCCAUUUUUGGGUAGAGAUCAAAUUUAGACUUUUUAGUAGAAUGGGCAAUAUUUAAUUAUUUUAUAACCAUUUAGAAAAUAUAUGACAAAGCAUUGCUUCAACCAACCUUUU